UUUAUUUUUGAGAGAGAGAGAGAGACAGAGCAUGAACGGGGGAGGGUCAGAGAGAGAGGGAGACACAGAAUCUGAAACAGGCUCCAGACUCUGAGCGGUCAGCACAGAGCCUGACGCGGGGCUCGAACUCACGGACCGCGAGAUCGUGACCUGAGCCGAAGUCGGACGCUCAACCAACUGAGCCACCCCAGGCGCCCCUGGGCUGUACUCUUUUCAACCCGUACUCAGUCAAAAUGGGGAAAAAAAACCCUUUCCAAAAGUCUAUCCCACUCUGACACCUGCAGCCUUGGUUUGUACCCCAUUCUCUCUCCUCCCCUCCACUCUUGGUAUAAAUAUCUUCUUACAGUCCUUAUAGCAUCUGGAAUAUUAUUUUUAAUAUAAUUGAAAUGUUGUCUUAGAAAAUUUAAAUGACUGUGGUAAUUUUGUCAAGAACUGUCAUUUGUCUGGACACCUGCCAUUUAGUCAACCAAGAGUUGCUGAGUGAUUACUGUGUGCCAAAUUGUGCCUUAAAUGGGGGUAUGUCCAGGUGACCCAAACACCCUUCUCAGGGAGCUUCUGGUCAGGUUAACAUUUUGGAGCCCUUCCUUACCUGUGAAUAUUGGUAGACAUUUAUUCAAAAAUUCCUAAACCCAUAAUUUAUGUAAAUCACAUGAACCUUCAAUUUACCUGGAUUUUCAGGUUAUGUACUAAAAUUGUAUUGAUUGGACUAACCUUAUAUUUUAUAUAUUUUUUAAUGUUUAUUCAUUUUUUGAGAGAGAGAGAGACAGAGAGACAGAGCAUGAGUUGGGGAGGGGUGAGGAAGGAGACACAGAAUCCGAAGCAGGCCCCGGGCUCUGAGCUGUCAGCACAGAGCCCAGUGCAGGACUCAAACUCACGAACCACAAGUCAUGAUCUGAGCCAAAGUCAGAUGCUUAACCAACUGAGCCACCCAGGCGCUCCUAUGUUUUAUAUUUUAAAAGAAGCCUGAGUCAAUUAGUUCACCCCAGACUAUAAUAGGAUCUAACAUAUUCAGUAUAGAAAACCAGAGAUGAUAAAUAUUUCAGUACCAGGCACUUCCCAGGUCCUAUAAUGAAUAUAAAUGGUAGCUGAAAAGCCCUUGUUUGAUAUGGCAUCUUAUUGUCAAAGUUAAUAAUUUUUAAAAAUUGAUUUUGAAUAGUAAGUACGAUGUAUACAGCCAGCAUCUGUGAAUAUGACUGAAAUAAUUUGAGUAGAGAAAAAGAGCCCAAAAGGCUAAACUUACCUAUCCUAAAUUUCAUAAGUACUCGGUAUUUUAAAUGCCCUAGCCAAAUUCCACCUUCAGAUCACAUGCUGUUUCACUGGAACUUUUCAGAUUAUUUGAAGAGAGAACAGGAUUCUUAGAACAGCAAAGAAGAAUUUAAUCCUUAUCCAGAAAAGUUACCGUUUGUUCUGAGAACACUGUAACUUAGAUCAGGUCAAUUAUAUGGGUAUAUGUACCUCAAGUUUAUUUUCCUCUGAAUUUGUAGCAUAUUGGAGAUGGUAAAUCUUCAUUAUUUCCCUUUUGUUUCUAAGUAUUGUUUUCAGCUUAAAGAUUUCAAAACUUGAACAAAAGUGAAAAAAAAAAGAAAAUGUCGACUUGUGUGGUUAUUAGCUUUUUUCUGCGUUGAGAGACCAGGACUUUUAAAAUAACAUCAGCAUGGUUCUUUCAUGGUAUCCCUGGCCCCGCAAAAGGCAGGAAGUCACAGAAGUCUCACAGGGCACCAUAAGCAUCAGGCCCCUCUGUUGUUGCUCAACAAAUACCAAAGAAUAGUAACCACCUGAGGUUCGGACCAAACAAAUUCUGUGUAUCUUCAGAUCAGCGUUAUUCCCAUACUUAAGUAUGCACAACAGAGAUGGCUGGAAGUGAACAGCAGUCAUUCCUGUAGAGACUCAAAGGUAAUUUCUUAUCCAUAAUUUUAAGAUUAAAAAUUUUUAAACGGCUCUAAAGAAACCUACGGGGCAUAUGUUUUCAGACCUGUUUUUAUGGCACUCUUCUGGGCUUAGAAUAGAAAUGAUGCCAUUUCCCCAGGCUGGCAGUGGGAUGGAUGGGCAAAUGCUGCCACCUUCUGGCCAUAGCCUGGCCAAAUGGAAAGCUGGAAGACCCUCCAACCCCAUACAGACGUCGUUGGAAAAACAAAUAACUUUUCCAAUGUUUUUAACAGGAGUGUGAUCAAGUUCACAUAGAUGAUGUUUCCUCUGAUGAUAAUGGGCAAGACUUAAGGUAAGCCAUGCCUUUCAGUAUGCUAUUUCCUACAGAAAUUCGGCUGCGGAGUUUUGCACAUGUAAUUAUUUCUUUUAUUUCUUUUUAAUGUAUUCUGGGUGUUACAGUACCUACAGUUUUGCAACUGAUGGCUUCCAUGCAGCUGCAAGUAGUGCAAACCUUUGUUUGCCAACAGGUGUAAGAGGAGGGGUUGACUGGAUGAGGAAGUUGGCUUUUCGUUACAGAAGAGUAAAAGAAUUAUACAACACCUACAAGAACAAUGUUGGAGGACUCCUUGGCCCUGCCAAGAGAGACGCAUGGUUGCAGUUGAGGGCAGAGAUUGAAGGUCUGACAGACUCCUGGCUAACAAAUGCACUUAAAUCAUUAUCGAUUAUUAGUACUAGGAGUAACUGCGUAAAUGUCUUGGUAACGACAACCCAACUGAUCCCAGCUCUCGCGAAGGUUCUACUCUAUAGUUUAGGAGGUGCUUUCCCCAUUGAGAAUAUUUACAGUGCAACUAAAAUAGGUAAGACAAUUACUUCCAACUCUGUGUGGAAUGUGCUCACAGCUGGGUUUUGGGGGAUUUCCUUAAUAUGUCUGUCUGCGUGAUUCCCUCUUCCAUGAGUUUUGCUAUUAGAUUAUCAAGCAAAUUUGAAUGGAGUGCAAGUAACAAAGUACCCUGAAACCCAAUGUAUGUGUGCAAAUUUUAUGAAAACUGUUGCCCAGUGAAAUUCUGAAUUCAGUAUCUGGACAAUUCUAUUUGCUUACUUAUGUGUUUGUAUUUACACUUCAGGACAACACGUGUUUUCUAAAUACUAGACAGUGUCUUUAGCCAUGGUAUUUAAUACCUUAAUGAUUUAAUAUCUUAAAUAUCUUAAUUGCCUCUUUGCAGAUGCAGUAAUCUAGAUCUAAGAUAAAAUACUCUUUUGACAUUACAGGGGAGUGCCGGAUGGAUUGAGUAGGAUCCUACACUUCAGAAACAAAAAAUAACAAUUUCAUGAAUUAUAACCCAUGAAUGGCUAGAAAUACACACUUCCAAAAAUGUUCAAUCAGUAACCAAAGAACUCCAGCCUUGUUCAUUUGCUUAACAUCUAUCUGCGGAGCCAUCUUGGAGUUUUAACUGCCUUUCACAGACCAAGUCUCUAAGCAUCUUUCAAAAACAGAACUUCCUAACUUCUGCUGUCCUGAAAGAGUUAAAAGAAAACAGCUCCUGUAUUCCACUGUCUGUCAAGGAAAUGACUGGGGAAACAGGUUGUCUAAUGCACCCUGAAGGUCAACAGACUUAGGGUCUGGCACCUUGACAAGAGUUCAGAAUCCUAAAAUCCCCUACCAAAAAUAACCUGCCCUGGGUCUCGCCGAGUUUUGAUAUUGGCACAGGCAGAAAGAGCCCCCACUUGCAGCUGUUCCAGGAGGAUAGUUAAAGAGAGCCAAGCCUUCAUGAUGUCAAUUCCACAUUGUCACGGCACUACAUACAGUUCAGAACCCUGAUACCAAUCCCAUUCACUUCUUACAUAAAUGUAUGUAUUUACGCAGCAGGAUUAAUGUGUCACACUUUGUCUUCCAUUCUGGCAAAUCAAAUAAUUUGACACCAGCAUAAACAUUUCUUCUAGGAAGGACAAUAUUCUUUUUUAUUGGUCAAAUUGUUCCUUAUAUUUAAUCUGAAAAAAAAAAAAACACAAUCAUUCUUAUUUUUCCCCUUAAGCUAGUAUUUUUUGGAGUUCUGAACUAUCAGAUUAAGAAAAAAAAAUGCAAAAAUAGCCAUGACUGCAUGAACAUUCUGGGAAUGAAAUUCAGAGGAUUAUGGCAGUGUUGUAAAAUGAAGAACAUGUAGAAAUUCCACGGUGUUAUUCUCAUGCAAUCAGAGGAGACGGGUGUCACCAGUGCUGUGGCCCAGACAGCACCCUUGGUACAAUUAAUCUGAGCAGACUAGCUCCUAGCCACUUGAAGAAAGGAGGUUUUU